CUCUUUUCUUUGUUGACUUCUUUUCUUUUGACUGCCGUGUAUCGCAGGACGAUAAUACGAAACGCAGCGGCGCCGUGGUGAUGUGUAAGGCCCUGGGACGGCCGUCCAGAGCGUUUGAGAGCAAGCUGCUCUGUGGGCGGAGAAGCGGCGAACGGAUCAGUCUGUCUUAAUCAAGCGCACCACACGGCAACACUGAGCAGCUAUUGGCGGCGUCAGGUCUGCACAAGCUCCUACAAGGCCUACAAAACGCUUGUAGCGCGUGGUGCGUCGAAGCUAGCGUCGUGUAGACACUAGCUAGCACAGCUCGGCAGCCGCCGCCACGCGCUACGCGGCCGGCGCGCGCCGCCUGACGCGCUCGCUGACGCCGCGCAGCCUCUCACCAGCCGCGCAGCCGCCCGCAACAACGAAUGUCCAGCCAGCGCCCUCCAAACCCUUGAUCACCUCAUCUGUCCUUGCAGGUCCUUUGCCCGCGCCCCGACCCCCGCGCGCCAAAACCCAAUACCGUGCGCGCGCGCGCCCCCACAGCACGCAGGUAAAGCACAAGCUCUAGGGACAUGGACGUGAGUCGAGACAACCUGAGCGACGCCGUCACGAAAUUGCGACGGGCCCUCCAGUCGCCCAAGGCCCAGUUCGUCGCCAUCGACGAGGAGUUCACGGGAAUAAGCUUCAACAACGGCUCGUUCCAGGACAUGAACCCCUUGUCUGAUUCGGCAUCGUCGCGCUACGCGAGGAUGAGAAAUGUCGCCAAGUCCUUUGGAUUGAUGCAACUGGGCAUCGCCGUGUUCGAAAAAAACGGCGAAAGCUACCGUUCAAGUGUCUUCAACUGCUAUGUUUUUGCCGCGGAGACCCCUGGAGGGAGAGACGUAAAUUUGAGUACCGGAGCCGUUGCUUUCCUGAGGAAGAACGCCAUGGACUUCGGCACCUGGUUACGAGAUGGCAUCCCCUACGUCGACAGCGCGACGGAAGCUCGACUCAUCAAGGAGGCCUCCAGUGAGCCCGAGCGCAAGACGUUCCAGCUCCAGGACGCGACCUACAAGGCCUUCGCUGAUGGGGAGUUAGCAAAGGUCCAGGUGCUGUCUGAACAGACAUCAGUAAAACAGAUGGACCUCCAACCGCACGCGACGCCUGUGGUCCGGAAGUACCUGCAUCAAGAGAUUGAGCGGAGGUUUCCCCUCGUCGCCACCGAAAAAGGGCCCGUCAAGCACCAGAUUCGGUGUGUCCUGUUAACUGAGGCCGAGAAGGCUCGUAGGGAUCAGUUAAGGAAGCAGCAACGGCUUGACGACGUCCGCGAGAACAAGAUUGGGGCUCGGGCGCUGUUUGUGGAAUUGCGCGAUGCCUGUCGCGACCGGAAGCUGCCUCUCGUAGGCCACAACUGCCUCUACGACCUUUUGUUUCUGUUGGAGCACUUCGAAGCACCUAUCCCAGAAGACUGGUCUUCAUUCAAGGCUCUCGUGCGGCAGAACUUCCCGAUCAUCGUCGACACGAAGGCCUUCGCGCCGCGGUGUGCCUUUCCUGAGAGAAGGACCGCGUUAGAUCAAUUGUACGAGGCCGUCCAGACGUCGACAGGUGCGGAGAUCCGCUUCGCGCGCGGUUUUGGGAAGUACGGCCCGGAAGAGUCGUCCGAAGACGAGUCCGAUGAAGACGGCCAGGUCGACGACGCGGCGCGCACGGCGGCGUUUAGGGCGGCGCUCGAUGCGCCUCGUAGAGACCCUCGUACGACGCAGCGCUUCCACGAGGCCGGCUGGGACGCCCACACCACGGGAGUUGUUUACGUACGCUUGCUCGAGAAAGGUACGAGUUGCGAGAACCGCCUGCACCUGAUGCGGUCGGUCUACGAGAUCGACCUGGGUUCUGAUGAAGCUAUAGAACCGGUGCACCCCCCACCCAAAGGGACGUGUUACCACGUCCGCGUCGACGACGAGAACACGGAUGUCCGCGCCUUGCUCACGUCCCUGGGCGCUACGGACAUCCACCACGUCCAGAAAUGCAAUGACGACGGCCGCGAGUGGUGCGUCGACGUUAGUGGUGAAUUAACAGGUGAUACAUGUGUCCCGUGGGCGUGCUUCGAGGCCGAGCGCGACGCGCUCUUGCAGCAAAAGGCGCCCUCGGCCGGAAGCUGGCCCAAAAAGACGGCGAAAAAACUCCGAACUUGGCUCGCGAAGCGGUUAGGCGGUUCUGCGGCGCCCGCGACGCGCAAGCGCCGCGGCAGCGCCGCCGAGUCGCCGGCCAAGCGCCAGAAGUGACUUCGCUGUUUUCGAUACCCUCGGUUCCGACUUCGUUCGACCCCGGUUGUUCUUCGCGACGACUAGACGGUAAGACGCUGCUGUUAUGCAAUACUAGUAUCAACUUCCCCCGGGGGCUGAUUUACACACAA